AUGAAGCUGGCAUCUGUUGUGUCACGACAACAGAAAAUUACCGAUCGGUGGAUUCGUUUAUUGUCUAUAGACACUCCGCCUUGCAGACAUCGAGGUUCGGCCUGGUCCGGCUUUCGCAAUAGUAUCCUUCGCAUCCUUUACCAGGGUGCGGAAAUCACCAGUGCUGCCGAUGUACCUGUGCCUUUCCGUGCGUCUGAUACUGGCAGUAUACGCAUCAAUCAGUCGGUGAUAUCAAUGAUGGAUUAUGCUGUUGAUGGGGGUUCCUGGUACUCUGGUCAAUUGGCAGAUCUCUAUUUCAAUAACACUGACAGCUCUAACGUGGUCUCCUAUUUUCGUGCACUCCCGAAUUUAGAGUUUCAGAGGCGCUUCAAUGGCACACCAGGCUGCAGUCCAUUGAGUAUGGAUGAGAUGAAUAAUCCAACUUUCUCAAUUUCAUAUCCUCUUUCUCCUGGUAUCAGACUUGGCUUCGCAAUCUAUUCUGCCCUGCUCCGUGCAGCACAGAGUGGUGGUGACAUCUCAGACUUUCAAUAUUGUGCGCUGUACCCCUUCUACUUAUUUGGUCUGUUGCGGACAGCGAAUGCCAGCUUUGCCCCAAUAGAUGGAACGCCAGAAAUAUGGUUGAGUGGCAAGUGGGUGACGGCGGCUUCCGUCACCCAUGCCAUCAAUGUUACCACCCCCACCACCGGUGCCAGUGCCAGUGCCAGAGCCUCCUGUAUCAAAACCCCCAAGCCCGCCAUUACCCACUGCAUCAGGACCACCAUCCCCAGCUCCGUCCCCUUCAUCUCCUUCACCUCCCCCGCCAUCUCAGUCUCCAGCGACCCUGCCACCUCCACCCCAACAAACUCCCCCCAAGUCCCCCGAGUCCCCCAAGUCCCCCAGGACACCCAAGGCUCCCAAACCCCCACCUACUGUUUUACAGCGGCCCUCAGCAGCUCCCCGGUACCGGGCAGCUCGUGCACCUCAACGACCAUUGACAAGAUUGCUUUCAUUCUCGCCCCAGGACCUGCAGAAUCCGCUGUGGAGUCCACUGAACUUGUGAACAAUCCCAAAUCCUGUGUCGAGUUACUCAACAGUUCACAAGAAGGAAGAUGA